AUAUGUAUAUGUACAUUGUCUUAGGUAGUAAGAGUAUAUUUAAGUUCUGGCAUUGCUAAAACGACCCAGUCAAUUCACCGCAUCUAACCGCAUUUCCCAAUUACAUGCAAUUACCCGAUCUUAUAGCUUUCCACCACCAAGUCCCAACAAGCUUCAUUCAUCACUAUAAAAUCAAGCAAUACUCACCCAGAAACAUUUGAACUUUCCCAAAAGCCAAGAUUAUCUCAUUAAAUCAUUACAUGUAUCGAAAUACCGGCUAUUAAAAUUCAACUGCUAAAAUGUCUAACUGUCGUGAAGAACACGACCAUGGUGACCAUCAUCAUGACCAUGAACACGACCACACGGAUGAGAUAGUGCCCGUUAUGCAUCACAGCUUAUACCAGCAUAUCAUAUUCGACCAAAUCACCACGUUGAAUGAAACGCACAAGGAUUCCGGCAGGAAAAUCAUCGAGAAGACAUGGGCCGAGAGUGAACAGCUGGUCCCGGAGCUCCAGAGCGACGCUGAUGAGCAGGUUAUUAUAAACGUACCAUUCACCGGCCAAGUCAAGCUGCACACAAUCCUGCUACGCUCGCCCCCUGACUCCAGCGCGCCGCGCACGCUCAAAGUCUUCACGAACCGCGAGGACGUGGACUUCGACGUAGCCUCGGAGAUGAACCCGACGCAGACGUUCGAGCUGUCGCAGUUCAACGGCGUGCAGGAGCUGUCCGUCCGCCGGGCUCUGUUCGGCAACGUGCGCCGGCUGGCCCUGUUCUUCGAGGACAACUUCGGCGACGAUUCCACGCGCAUCUCGUAUCUGGCGUUCAAGGGCGAUUGGAUCCCGGUCGGGCGCGCGCCCGUAAAUAUCCUGUACGAGGCCGCGCCGAACCCGAACGAUCACCGGGUUAAGGGGACGGCGGCGUAUAGGCACCUUGACGCUGCGUUUAAGAGGGACGGCUGACAUCCGGUUUGGGGGGAGGUAGAGAGGUGAUAGGCACCGCCACCCCCCCACGAGCAAGGGCUGGUGAUGAAAAGGGGAUGGAUCGAUCGAUCAAUGGGCAGUCAAUGAGUAGGCGCCUUUUAGCGCAGAUGGAUCAUCAUAUCCACGGCAUCUGCAUUACUAUUAUGGGAUAAUCACGAAGUUAUAUAUCACCUCGGUAGGGUAAUUCAUUCGUUCUUUUUACAUAAAAUCUUCCUCCCAGUUCUCGUCCCUGUUCUGGUUGCUCGAGGACUCCAUGUUCUCUUCCGUAAACAGUUCAUCGUAAGCGUGGUCCUUCUGCCACUUCUUCUCCUGCCUCUCCUUCAUUAUUCUAGCCUCUUCCUUCUU